CUACCACACACUUUGAAGGCCAAUCACGGUGGACCUUUCCAUCGAAUGUUCCUCAAAAUAUUCCAAAAAUUGUCUGCACAUUAAAAAGAAAUUAAUAUUCCAAAUUGCUGCGCUCUCUCCCUCCUCUCUCUUCAGAGGUACUCUCCUGCAGACCUUUGGCAGAAUGAGAGUCUUCAGGUUAAUUUUGCUUGUGAUUUUGGGAGCUAUCGCGAGCCUCAGAGGGGCAACAUCGGAUGGAGUUCACCCUCUCUCAAGGAUUGCUAUUCACAAGACAGUUUUCGCUCUUGACGACCGUGCUUAUAUUAAAGCCUAUCCUCCAGUUCUUGGGUUGAAGGGGCAAAAUACUGAAUGGUUGACUGUGGAAUAUAGCAUUUCAAACCCGUCCAUUGAUGACUGGAUUGGAGUAUUUUCACCAGCAAAUUUCAGCGCUUCCAUCUGCCUCCCUGAAACUCCGAGAACUUAUCCUCCCCUUUUGUGUACUGCACCAAUUAAGUAUCAAUAUGCAAAUUACAUGAAUCCUGAGUACGCAAAUAUAGGCAAUGGAUCAUUAAGGCUUCAAUUGAUCAAACAGAGAUCCGACUUCUCUUUCGCAUUGUUUUCCGGAGGGUUGUUAACUCCAAAGCUGGUGGCCGUGUCAAAUAUUGUAACUUUUGCAAAUCCAAAUGCACCAGUGUACCCGCGUCUAGCACAAGGAAGGACAUGGAAUGAAAUGACAGUGACAUGGACAAGUGGAUAUGGGAUCGAUGAAGCCGAACCUUUUGUUGAAUGGGGUCCCAGAGGAAGGGAAUAUCGUUCCCUAGCGGGAACACUGACUUUUGAUCGCAGCAGUAUGUGUGGUGCACCAGCAAGAACAGUGGGAUGGCGUGAUCCUGGAUUCAUACACACCAGUUUCCUGAAGGAAUUGUGGCCCAACUCAGAGUAUACCUACAAGCUGGGGCAUAGGUUGUUCAAUGGUACAUAUAUAUGGAGUCAGAUAUACCAGUUCAAGGCAUCUCCUUAUCCUGGCCAAAAUUCUGUUCAACACGUGGUCAUUUACGGUGACAUGGGAAAGGACGAGGCUGAUGGCUCCAAUGAGUACAAUAAUUUUCAGCGUGGCUCUCUCAAUACUACUAAGCAGAUUAUUAGGGACUUAAAGAACAUUGAUAUCGUCUUCCACAUUGGAGAUAUUUGUUAUGCGAAUGGGUAUCUUUCACAGUGGGAUCAGUUUACUGCCCAGAUUGAGCCAAUUGCCUCAACUGUCCCUUACAUGAUCGCUAGUGGCAACCAUGAACGUGACUGGCCUGGAACGGGAUCUUUCUAUGGGAGCAUGGAUUCUGGAGGAGAAUGUGGUGUGUUGGCUGAGACUAUGUUUUAUGUACCUACAGAGAACAGAGCAAAGUUCUGGUAUGCCACCGACUAUGGCAUGUUUCGAUUCUGCAUAGCUGAUACAGAACAUGAUUGGAGAGAGGGAACUGAGCAAUAUAACUUCAUUGAGCACUGUCUUGCAUCUGUUGAUAGACAAAAACAGCCGUGGCUGAUCUUCCUUGCGCAUCGGGUAUUGGGAUAUUCAUCUUGUGCUUAUUAUGCUAUGGAAGGAACAUCCGCAGAACCCAUGGGUAGGGAGAGUCUUCAGAAGCUUUGGCAGAAGUACAAGGUUGAUAUAGCCAUGUUUGGACAUGUACACAACUAUGAAAGAACAUGUCCCGUUUACCAGAAUGUUUGCACAAAUAAGGAGAAGAACUACUACAAGGGAACACUUAACGGGACAAUACACGUGGUUGCCGGAGGUGCAGGAGCAAGCCUUUCGGAAUUCACCACAACUCAAACGCAGUGGAGUAUUUUCAGGGACUAUGAUUAUGGCUUCACAAAACUCACAGCAUUUGAUCAUUCAAACCUGCUAUUUGAGUACAAGAAAAGCAGGGACGGGAAAGUUUAUGAUUCUUUCAGGAUAUCUCGCGAUUACAGGGACAUCUUGGCCUGCACUGAAGAUAGUUGCCCAAGUUCAACUCUGGCAUCUUGAGUUUCUGUAGGAAAGAAUUUAAAGGGAAAAAAGAAAAUGCAAAACCAUUAAUAAUGUAAAAAGUUCUUUUUUUGUUGUCAUUUUAUGAAACUGAAUAAAGGGGUGUGUGUAUAUAUGUAUAUGGUCAUUUUGGCUAGUAACGGAACUUUGAAAUUUAAUAGUGUAGUCAGAGUUUCUGGA